AUGGACGCCUCACAAGUGGUGGAGGCCGUGUCCAUUCUCUACACGGACCCCUCCCCGGAUCGCAAGUCCCAAGCCAACGCAUGGCUCACCUCCUUCGCCGCAACCCCCGCCGCAUGGGGCGUCGCCGCGAGUCUCGUCGAGUCAGCGCAGUCAAUGGAAGUCCGUUACUUCUGUGCCAACCUCCUUCUUUCAAAAGCGCGCUCCGAUCUCGGCGCUCUCCCCCCAGACUCGCGCGCGGAGCUCGGCGCGCAUCUGCUGCGCCUCGUCGCGUCCUACAUGACCAAUAGCAGCGUGCCACCUGUCGUCCUCUCGCGCGUCUGCCUCGUCGUGGCGGCGGUCGCGCUGCGGUCGGCCAAUCAGCACGCGCUGAAUGCCAGCACGCUAUUGGACGUCGUGCUGCGCGCCGCUGACGUGGCAGAGAAGAGCGAGGGAGGAUCUGCCACAUUCCCUUGUAACCCACAACAACUACCGUCACCUCCAUACCCUCCCAUCCUUAACACCUACAUCCUUGAUUUCACUCCUUGCCUUUUUCCCCUUCUACCAUCCUCCCUCACCCCUCCAUUCCUCCAUCCAUCCCCCCAUCCACACCUCCACUCCUCCAUACCCCCAUGCCUGCAGACCCGCUUCCCGGACCUGCUGCAGAUCAUCCAGACCUACUCGCAGCGCCACAGCUCCUCUCUCCCCGCGCCCUCCUUCCCCUCCCACCCUCCGCCCCUCCUCUCCGCCUUCCUCCGCCUGCUCCUCACCUGGUUGCACCUCGACUUCGCCUCCGUGGGCCAGCAGCCAAUCACAGCGUGCCAUCUCAGCACCGCCUUCCCCUUCCUCUGGCACUUCAUUCUCCGCUCGCUCGCGUCCCCCCACCCACCUGUCGCUGCCACCAGCGCCGAUAUUCUCGUGGCGCUCGUCAGCCAAACAGAUUCCCAAGCACCAGAUGAAUCAGCACCCGUAUUAUCCUCCGUGCUCAAGGCCCUCCUAGACGCGUGGGACGUGGCGCAGGCACAGUCAGGCACGUGGAGUCAUGAAGCCAGGCGGGCGGUGCAGAGGGCUCUCAGCAGCACAGCAGUGGCCGUGGGAGAGGAGCACCCAGAGUCACUCACGGACCCGCCUGUGAAUGUGGUGCCUGUGAAUGAGAGGAGUGAGGGGUACCGGGGAGCCCUGUUUCUACGGCUGGCUGAAGUGCUGACCAGCAAGGCAGCCUAUCCGCCCUCGUUCACAUCAUGGGCCGACAAUCAGGAAGAUGCUGACGCAUUCUACCGCUUCAGGGAUCAGCUAGCAGCAGAUGGGCUGCACAUGGCGUUUGGGCUGAUGCCAGUGGAAUACAUGGACCGCGUGGGGGCCUCCCUGCAGAGUGCAGGCACAUGGCAGGCAGCAGAGGCGUCGCUUUUCAUGCUGCGAUCUGCGGCACAGGCAGGUACGAUAGGAACAGUUGUGCGUACGGGGAGAGGGAGCAGCGCAUGGCAGCAGUGCUGGGGGGAUGAUGGCUUGUCCCCUCCCCUUAAGCAUCCCCCACCUCCCCCUCUCAUGCCCACCCCCCAUUCCCCACCAGUGAAGAAACGACUAUUAAAUUUGGAAGCAUACGGGGAGAGGGAGCAGCGCAUGGCAGCGGUGCUAGGAGGGGUGAUGGUGCAUGUGAGCCGGGAUGCGGAGACGGGAGGGUUCCUUUCGUCCCACCCGCUGCUGGUGGACACGUGUUGCCUGCUCAUUGGCUCCUUCGCUGACUGGCUCAACCUCCAGCCCGACUGCCUGCUGGGCGUCAUUGGCUACCUCCUUAAAGCCCUGCAGGUGAUUAUUGGCUACCUCCUUAAAGCCCUGCAGGUGAUUAUUGGCUACCUCCUUAAAGCCCUGCAGGUGAUUAUUGGCUACCUUCUUAAAGCCCUGCAGGUGAUUAUUGGCUACCUCCUUAAAGCCCUGCAGGUGAUUAUUGGCUACCUUCUUAAAGCCCUGCAGGUGAUUAUUGGCUACCUUCUUAAAGCCCUGCAGGUGAUUAUUGGCUACCUCCUUAAAGCCCUGCAGGUGAUUAUUGGCUACCUCCUUAAAGCCCUGCAGGUGAUUAUUGGCUACCUCCUUAAAGCCCUGCAGGUGAUUAUUGGCUACCUCCUUAAAGCCCUGCAGGUGAUUAUUGGCUACCUUCUUAAAGCCCUGCAGGUGAUUAUUGGCUACCUCCUUAAAGCCCUGCAGGUGAUUAUUGGCUACCUCCUUAAAGCCCUGCAGGUGAUUAUUGGCUACCUCCUUAAAGCCCUGCAGGUGAUUAUUGGCUACCUCCUUAAAGCCCUUCAGGUGAUUAUUGGCUACCUCCUUAAAGCCCUGCAGGUGAUUAUUGGCUACCUCCUUAAAGCCCUGCAGGUGAUUAUUGGCUACCUUCUUAAAGCCCUGCAGGUGAUUAUUGGCUACCUCCUUAAAGCCCUGCAGGUGAUUAUUGGCUACCUUCUUAAAGCCCUGCAGGUGAUCAUUGGCUACCUCCUUAAAGCCCUGCAGGUGAAAUCCUUAGGCGCUGCAGACCUGGAGAUCAGGCAGGCUUUAAUGGAGGGGCAGGCACGGGUUAUCGCCUCCCUCCCCCCCGCCACCGCUGCCCCUCUUGCUCUCACCCUCACCUCUCCGCACUUACAGCUGGCGGCACAGCUUGCGCAAAUGCAGACGAAUGAAGCCAGUGGGUUUGGAUCGAGCAGUGACGGUGGUGGGAGGGGUGGCAGUAGUGGUGGGGUUGGUGCGGUUGGGAGCAGUGGGGGUGGGGGCGAGGGGCACCCCUCUCCACGCAUCCUGCCGUCCAUUGCACCGCUCGUCACCGCAUUCGAGGAGCAUCAGCACCCGGCAGUGUUGGAGGUGCUGGCAUUGGUGCUUGAGCUCAGUGCUUCUGCGGCGUCUACUGGUGGUGCAGCUGUGGACCUGUCUGUGUGUCAUUCAGCACUGCAAGCUUGCUCCAUCAGUGCUUUCUCGCUCAUUCAGAGAGGUCACCUCCCCCAUCGGCCGGAGGUCCUAUCAGCCCUCUUCGACAUGGCGUAUCGUUACCUGCUCUUCGCACCGCACCUGCUGCUGCAGGCGCCCUUCCUGGGCGCGCUGCUGGACGCAGCAGCAGCCACAGUGGCACACGGGGAGAGAGAGUCGGCUAAAUCUGCUCUCACGCUGCUGUGCUUCCUGCUCUCCCCGGGGAAAAAGGCGCUUUCCUCUCCCGCCUGGAUAAGUGCCCAACCUGUGAUUAUAACAAGUCUACAGCAUCAGGGCCAACCGGUCGUCUCCUCCCUCCUCCUAGCAGCCGCCGGAAAAGCCCCGCGGGACCUACUCAGACCCAUCGGCACCGCUCUCCACCACCUGAUUCUCCUCCCCGACCUCCACCCGCUCCUCCCCAACUGGCUGGUAACCACGUUACGUUCACCGGACUUCCAGGGGGGGGUGCCAGAGGCAGUGGGGGAGGGGGAGAUGCAGCUGUUCUGUGAGUUGGUGCUGAGACAGCCCCCGCUGCCAAGGCAGAGGGAGUUGCGGGCCGCAAAGAACUACACCACCUUUCUCGACGGGCUGAAAACAACAGGGCUGGACGAGGACCUGCCGGACCUGUUCCACUGCUAUGAGGCGACCGUCUUCGCUCCCACCGACGCCGCGUUCGCCAACCUUUCGAGCGACAUCAAAUCGGCGCUCCGCGAAAGGAAGGUGCUUCGCGAGGUGCUGCUGCUGCAUCUCGUCAAGGGCAAGGUCACCGGCGCCACGCUAGCUGGGCAGAAGGAGGGGCAGCAGUUCCUUUCUGCGGCUGAUUCGUGCAAGGCGCAGCUAGUGAAGGUCUCAGCUGCAGGAGUCAAGCCCGUUGAGCUCAAGGCUGCGGACGGUGCGGACGAAGCUUCCGUGGUGGCUGCUGACGUCAUAGCGCUGCGAGUGGUGCAGGUGCAUGGCGUGGAUGACGUCAUCCUGCCCAAGACUCUGAGCAAGGGCGACGACGACAGCUUCAAGCCCCGCAAAUGCACCGCAUGGGCCGCUUAG